AUGGACUGGGAGCCCGCGAAUAGGGUGACCAUCAUUCUUAAACAACAAAAUGCCUGUCAAAGUCAAGUGCUAGUCAAAGGAUGCUUGUCUGGGUAAUCCCUCAGGAUAGCCUUUGUCAUAGCUGGUAGAGGUACCAUUGGAAACAUGUUAGAGAACAGCUAUCAGCGCUGGCCGCCUUCUGAGUGCGGUAUGAGGAAAUCUAUGUUGAGCUCAAAAGAGGAUUGUCUAACUGACCUUGGAAAACAAGGAAUGGUGGGUGAGUAAUAAGGAAUUGUUUAGCUUAUGUCUCCACUUGGGUUUAAUAAUUUAUAAAAUAUUUUAUGA